CUCUGUUGUGUUCUUUUUUCUCUUUGAUAUAACCUAAAAAAAAUUAAAUUAAUAACCUUAAAAAACCUUACAUCAAAAUAAAUAACUGAAUUUAAAAUCAAUUCAAUAUGUGUAGCGUAAGUGUUACAGGUGAUAUAGAAGAUUUAAGCAACUCUGUUCCAAUAUCAAAACUAAAAAUAAAAAGACUACCCGACAAAUGCAAUAAGUGCAAGGAACAUAAACCCCACAUUUUACUAAGAAAUAAGGAUGCGUAUUGCAAAGAUUGUUUUUUAGCUAGUACGAAUCAUAAGUUCAGAGCAAUAUUAGGAAAACACAGAUUGAUAAAAGAUAAUGAUAGGGUUUUGAUUCAUUACACUGGUGGUCAUUCUUCAACGUCCCUGCUAAAUUUUUUAAAAACAGGUUUGGAACUAGAUACUCCGAAAAAAGUACGAUACGUUCCCAUCUGUUUAUUUGUUGAGAAUCAGUUCAACCUUCCUCGAGAUGAGAGAAAAACAAAAUUGAAUGAUAUUGCUGAAGAAGUUAAAAAGUUCAAUAUUCCUCUAUUUUAUUCCUCGCUAAUUGAUUUCUAUGAGAGUGAAGGUGAAAAUGUUUGUAUAUAUGAAACUCUGGAGGAUUUUCCAUCAAAAAUAUAUGACACUAAAAAGGAAAGUUUCUUUAAAACAUCUCAAACUUUAUCUAAUGAUUUAGAAAAAAUAUAUGGGAGAAAAUUAUUGAUAUCGGCUGCAAAGAAAUUGAACUGCAAAUUCAUAUUUACACCCGAAUUAUCAACAGACAUUGCCUCUCAGAUUUUAUCAGACGUUGCCCUUGGAAGGGGCUCACAUAUUCCUUCCUCAACAGGUGUUUGCGAUACAAGGGAUAGUGAAGUUACAAUUAUCAGACCUCUUAGAGUAUUUGAUAUUAAAGAAUUGGCCUUGUAUAAUUAUUUCCACAGUUUGGAUCCUAUCAUUCUCAAUGUUAAGCCUGCACAGAAUUCUAUACAAACUUUGAUAGAGAAUUUUGUCGAAGAACUUCAAUCAAAUUACCCUGCUACAGUUACCACAAUUUUGAAAACAGGGGAAAAACUUAGCAUGGUGAAUAAUAAGAAGAAAACUGCCGAAAUAUGCUAUAUUUGUCAGAGUCCUAUUGAUGUUCCAUUUCAAACGUUAACAUCUAGCAAAGCAAUCAAAUUUUCAUGUGAUAUCUCGCAGCCUAAAAAACAGAAUUCCGUUCAACGUGAGGAAGAUGAAUCCAACAAAAAAACUUGCUUUUCAUGCUCUAAAAUAGAAGAGUUCUUGUUAUGACGAAAAAUGAAUUUAAGUAAAUAAAACAGGUUAGACGAUAUAAA